UAUCAACUUGUUAUCGACAGAGUUUUUGAGGAAGGUGAAGAAGAACUAGUGUCAGAAGAUGAAUCUGACGAGGAAAGUCAAGGUGGUGAAGAAGAAAAGGUUUUCCUUAUUGAUGAAUCUCUUGAAUUUCGCAAAGGUCAAAUCGAGGGAUUGACCACAUUCGCAUGGAGGGAUUUAAUGGGUGUAGUUUUACAAUCUCCAUCUACCCCGAAACAUCACACAUCAACACCUUUAAAUGACUCACCAGUGUCGGCUAGUACGACACCUGUCAGGUCUGUUCGGUCUGACAAUUCACCAUCAUCCACCCCUACACGACAUACCGUUUCUUCUGAUUUUCCUGGUGCCUCAUCUGAAGUUGAAAACGCCAUAUCAGUGCCUGUUGAAUUGCAUGUGUUUGAUCCUACUUCAGGAACAUUUGUGUUAAUGUCGCAAAAUGCCACUGCCAAUUGGCAUGUCGUUUCAGAUGAUAAAACAACGCUUGUCCAGCGGGUUGAACCAAAAAUGAAUCCCGUAUUUAAUCGG